AUGACUAGUAUCUUGAAAGUGACAUGCUUGCAUAAGCCUACAAAAACUUUGACUCCAACAAAAGGAAACCCUCCCCCGGUCCGCCCCGCAGUCCAGUUCUCCAACGGGAGGCUGCGGGAGGCCGACGACAUGCGCUUCACCGUGUACCGGGAUAGAGACAGCGCCAACCCCCGGAAGAGGCACCGGAGGAUCCUGGUCUCGGAAACUGAAAGGCUUUCAUAUGUGGGGAAUAACUUUGGCAGUGGAGUUAUGAAAUGUAAUUCCCUAUGCAGGUAUUUUGUUGGUGUGCUAGACAAGGACUCUGGGCAAAUGGAAGUCUAUAAUGCUGAAUUAUUCAACAUGCAGCCCUUGUUGUCAGAUAACUUAGUAGCUGAUGACACAGAGGAUUAUCAGAAUAAGUCCUACAGGGAGAAGAUGGAUUUAUGUAUUGAGGCCUUUGGUACCAGCAAGCAGAAGCGAGCCCUGAGCUCUCGACGAAUGAAUGCAGUGGGCAGUGACAUCCUGAAUACGGCAGUGACAAAAGCGGCAGCAAACAUUAUAGAUGCAAAAGGAAUAACAGCUUUGAUCCAGGAUGUGGCCCAAGAUGAUAUGCAGAACAUCUCCAUCUUCCUGCCUCCAUGUAAUGAAGAUGCUGACAAGCCAGAAAAUGUCUACAAGUUUGAGGACAUUCUCUCCCCAGCAGAGUACGAAGCGUUGCAGGUUCCAGCAGCAGUCUUCAUUAACAUCACUCCAGAGGAAAUCAUUAGGAAAACAGAAGAGAAAAGCCAUUGCUCCUUUGUUCUAGAGGAGCUGAAGUUCCUGCCUCUUGAUGAGAAGAGCAGGGAUCACAAAGCCCGAUGCCUCUGGUUCCUGGACAUCCUUAUUAAGUUCAGCUUCAUGAAAGUGAUCAAGAAGAAGCAUCCAAUGGGCCCUGAAUGUCCACACAUCAUUAGCAGGAAACUCAUGAAGAAUUUCACUUCACUGACCUACAACAAUGGCAGUGUCCAGAAUUUAAUCUCUGCAUCAAUGAAGGCUAAAAUCACAGCAUACGUCAUCGCAUUGGCUCUGCACAUUAACAACUUCCAAAUAGACCUUACUGUCCUGCAGAAUGACAUGAAACUGCAAGAAAGCAGGAUGAUGGACAUAGCGAAGGCCAUGCGGUUGAAGGUCUCCAAAGCAAAGGGGCUGCCCGGACUUGAGGCUGACCAGAACCACAAGCUGGGCACUCUCUCUCUCCCUUUGCCCGUGCAAAAGGCAUCAGGAGGCCAGCGGAAGCGCAAGAAGAUGAACUAAAAUACCUUUGAAAUCAGCUUUGAACUCAGAGCAGGAGUGAAGCAGUUCCCUUCUCAGCUGCCGUCAUGCACACAGAGCAUUCAGUGGGCACUUUAAUCUGUUGGAUUUGGCUGUGCAGUGUCAGCCCAUGACCCAGCUGAAACCCAGUCUUGCUGCUGGGCUAGGACAGUUAUAGACUUCAUUAAACUGCUUGCUUUUUUCUAUAGAUGUUUAAAAAGGCUAUAAUAAACCCUUAACCCUUCUUCAUGCUCAUAUGAGGGAGGAUGGAUGUGGAUGGGCCAGAGCAAGGAGGGCAAUGUCCGAAACCACAGAUUUUUCCACUGAGUACUGUCAGGUUAGUUUUGGCAUCCUGACCCGUUUAGCUUAUGGCCAGUCUUACCCGUUUUGACACAAAUUGUGGGGUGAAGAGCAUAGAAAGGGAGAGGCUAAGCAGUGUUGGUGAAUGUACAAUUUCAGUGCUCUCUGGGUUUGUUCAGAGUUUCAGUUUAAUUCUAUGUUCAAAUAGUGUUAAGUUGUAAUAGACAAAAAAUUGCUGCCACUUCCCGUAUCUUGGGAGGAGGAGGGGAAAUUUUACUGACUGAAGAGCUGGAGUUUGACUCAGCAGCUGUCCCUUGGGAGAGAGACUUCUGUGCUAGUUUCCCUGUAUUUUCAGUUUAGUUUUAGGCUGUUGGGCUGUGAGUCUCAUUCCAGGUGUCCAUUAAGCAAGGUUAUAGGAAUCUGGGGCUUGUGAAAAGCUGUGGAUCAACUCCAAGAAGAAAAGCUUAUGUAAACCAGGAGGAUUACAAGAUGACAAGAGCAGUCUUCUCUUUGAAGGUUUGUCUUUGCUUCAGACAGUAAUUCAGGUUCAGAUACACCCAUGUACCGCCUUGGGAUCUGUGGUAGCUCCUUACUACACUCGUUUGAGAUCUGUGAAUAGUCGGUCAUUAGAAAGCAGCACAAAGCAUAUCAGGUUUUCUGGUAGAGGGUAGUUAACGCCAUGGGGAUUACAGGCUGCAAAUAACCAAUAAUAAGGUUUUUGUGGCCAGUUUGUUACCCUCACUGUGGAAAAUCUAAUUGGGGAAAAUUUGGAAGGCUUUAAAAUGAAAAGAUGGCAACAGGAUUAGUUAGGCACUCUGACAACUCUAUGUGGGCCUUGUUUGGAGAACAAGAAGAGUGAGUUCUUUGCAGUGCAGAGGGCGCUAGGUCUCCAUCUGUUGUCAUUGUAUGCCUCAGCAGUGAGGCCCAGAGUCUAGGAUAAAAACUCUCAACCUGUCUCCUAACUCUCAGCCUCCCUGUCUUGUUUUCUCUUCUGGCCCCAUAGUUCUUCCAUCCAUAUGCAGGAAGAAGCAUAUCCCACUCUCAGACACCCUGCAGUCUCAGAGAUGAUGUCCCCAGAGGGAGAGAAGGUUCAGGCAGUAGAAGGCACUGAGCUUAGGCAUCAGGAGAGCUUGGUCCUGCCUCACCCAGUGUUUGGCUCCCUGAGAGGGUUAAGCAGUAGCUGGGUGUUUUUCUGCCCAGUUUACAGAUGUGUAGGACAACAGCACUUGUGAUGUGCAAUAUUGGGGCUCACGCACUGGAUUUGGGAAUCUCUUGACUCGCCCAGCUCUUGACUCACCUUGUUCUCAAAACUUUUGAAGAGUGAACUGGUUCAGGGAGCUAAUCUGGAACUUAUCAUUUUUCUUAUUUUUUCAAUUCUAAUUAUGAUGUCUUUUGUGUAUCAGAGCUCAGUGGCUCUGACUUAGACUGAUAUGAAGCACUAUUCUGAGAGACGUAUAAUUAGUUUAUUUAUAGUUCUGGCUUAUUGCUGCUGUGUUUUGGAUGCUUGAUUUGGGGUACUGGAAGGGGAGCAGACAUGGUCCACUCUGAGAGUGCCAUAAUUUUUUGGACCAAAAAUUAAGUGCUAUUGCAAAGCCUCUUCCUGCAUGCUUCAGUGAGCAGAGAUAGGUGCCCAGCCAACCAAGCAAGUCCUGAUACUCCUUUCCAAGAUUUGUAGCCACUUGCAGCAGAGAGGAGAAUGUUAAUAGCCUCUCUUGAUGUCACUGCGGUGUGCACUAGAACCUGUUGGCCAAUACCAGAGACCAGCUUCCCUGAUUCUGGGAAAACGAGUGCUGAUUUAGUCCAACGGGGGAAAUGAUCAUCUGCAAUGUGUCUCUUACCAUCAGCACUGGCACUUUGAAAAGCAAUCAUUUGCCUUCUCAAUAACACAGCAGAGUUCUUCACCGGUGAAAAAGAUGUCAAGACAUGGACUUGGCUGUGAGGGCUCUAAGACUGAAAUCUAGUCUUUGGGCCCAGAGAGAUGCCCCAGGCAUUGUGUGCACGGAGCCUGAGAGCAAGCCCCGUUCACCCAGGGAACACAGGGCUGCUUGCAGACAAGUCAGGCUGAGGGGACUGUCAGGUGUGAGUUACAACAACUGCUGUGGGCAGUCUAGUGGGACUCGGAGCCCUGCCUCUUCCUGCCCGUGUCAUGGGGAGGAGACGAAAGGAAAGGUGAGAAGGAAAGACGAGGAAAACUCAGUAGCGGUAGGGAAGGAUGCUUCUCUGGGAAGAAGGAGAGGUUUGCUAACCCUUUCUGCUGAACUUUUGCACCUUGCUCAAGAGCGUUUCCUAGACAUCAGGAAUGCAAGGAGUGGGAAGCAACAGAGGCUGGGAGAGAUGGAGAGUCAGUGCCCUUGUCUCUGGAGGCAUGUGUAUAGGCUGUCAAAGAGGGGACUGAAAGGCAGAGCAACAGAUGGUUUGAAAACCCUGCUAGAGCAGCACCAUCGUAUGGCAUAGACAGUCUAGGAGCAGGAGGACCACAGGCCACUGCUCUUUUUAAACGGUCUCUAAUGAACUAAUCUGAGGCAGUGCUAUGUACACACCAUACUUAGCACCAUUUUCUUCAAACAACUGCCUUAACAAGCAAGUGAAGCAAAAGCCUAUAUUGUAAUAUGGAAACGUUUGCUUUCUCGGCAAACAUGUCAGCGUGUCUGAGCUAUGAAAACUAGAUGAGGCAGGAGCUACAACAAAUUGUAUAUCAUGGUCCUUAUCUGAACUCCUCUCCUAGUACAGUGAAGCAUCCUCACUGAAAAUCAGUGUGGAAAAUAAACUGUGCGGUGAUGCA